GAGAACAAGGCUCGGCCACAGCAUUUUCUCCGUGCUCACCCACCCCUCGGCAGCUUCAGGCGUGGGGGUCUCCUCAAACCGGCGACUUUGGUCUAUUUAGACGCCUUCGGUGGUGUUCUCAGAAACACGGCAUAGGACGUAACCUGAAAGCCAAACUGUGAUGGAGCUGUUAUUUUCUUCUGGGCUGAAAGGCACAAUUUUCCAUAUUUUUUUUUCCUUUUGCAAUCAAAAAUAGGCCCUCAUGUUUAUUUGCUCAAACAGUGUCUUCAUUUCCUGCAAAGUGGAAGUAUCUUUGGUUGGAAUAUGACACUUUAGGAUAUUGUAAGCCUUUAACGAGUUUUGUAGGCAAUCAUGGAUCAGGUAAUGCAGUUUGUGGAACCCAGCCGUCAGUUUGUAAAAGAUUCCAUACGACUUGUUAAGAGAUGCACCAAGCCUGACAGGAAAGAGUUCCAGAAGAUUGCCAUGGCAACAGCAAUAGGCUUUGCAAUAAUGGGAUUUAUUGGUUUCUUUGUCAAAUUGAUCCAUAUCCCUAUCAACAAUAUAAUUGUAGGUGGCUGAAUGUUCAUCAUGAAGAAGACAGUUGUGACACCUGCUACAAUGAUUUCACAGCUUUCAUUUGUUUGAUAUUAAACAAGCUUAGUUUGGGUUUUCAAACAUU